AGAGCCGAAGAUGUCGGCUCAAUCAUGUGAUCAGCUGAGUCCAAUCACAGCUGAUCACAUAAGUGCCACCUGUCAGUGCUCAUCAUUGCCAGUGCCCAUCAGUGCCACGUGCCAGUGCCACAUCAAUGCCACAUAUCAGUGCAUACCAGUGCACAUCAAUGCCACAUAUCAGUGCCCAUCUGAGCUGCCUUUCAAUGUCACCCAUCAGUGCCAGUCAGUGCCACCUAUCAAUGCCAAUCAGUGCCACCUAUCAGUGCUGCCUAACAGUGCCAGUCAGUGUCGCCUGUCAGUGCCACCUAACAGUGCCAGUCAGUGCCGCCUAUCAGUGCCAUAUAUCAGUGUCAUGUAUCAGUGCUGCCUUUCAGUGCCCAUCAGUGAUGCCUGUCAAUGCCCAUCAGUGCAACCUACCAGUGCCUCCUCAUCAGUG